ACAUCGAUCUUGUGUUUUGAUAACGUGAGCGCAGGAAGUACGUUAGCAUCUUCCCCUGUCUUUUACAACAGAAGAGUGAUAAUACCAUAAUUGCAGAUUACAUGAAUUAACGAAACACACCAAAGCUUCAGAGUCUAGUAAAUCUCUCCAGCAAGCAGCACUUUAACAGAAGCUGUCCCAUUUAUCGUCCACGGAGAGGUCUAAAGCCUUCAUGCACAAUACUAGCAAGGAGACUGAAAUGGAGAUGCCAAACAGCACGAACAGAAACGCCAACGGGUCUUUUCAGACUACCUAUGAUGUACCAACUGGGUUAAUUUGUCUUCUGGCGUUUUUAUAUGGCAUUGUCAGCCUGUUAGCUGUCUUAGGAAACGGUCUUGUAAUUGUCAUAAUUGUUCGAAACCAGCGCAUGCACACAGUGACAAACAUUUUUAUCGCCAACCUCGCAGUUGCAGACGUCAUCAUCGGAAUGUUUUCCAUUCCGUUCCAGUUUCAAGCCGCACUCUUGCAACGGUGGGUGUUGGCUAACUUCAUGUGCUCUCUGGCUCCAAUGGUUCAAGUCAUAUCAGUCAAUGUCAGCAUCUUUACACUAACCAUCAUCGCUGUUGAUCGCUAUAUCGCCGUCAUACAUCCUUUCCGUGCUGGCUGCUCACAAAGAUGGGCUGCAGUCAUCAUAACUGCUACCUGGAUCCUGGCUGUCGGUCUGGCUCUGCCAUAUGCACUUUUCUUUUGGGUGGACUAUUUAGAUGAGGUCGAUGGCGAAGUAAAGCCGUGGUGCAGCCUGCAUGAUCCACCUGCUUUGUUCAUGUUCUUCGUUUAUUACAGCUGCGUGCAAGUAGCAGUACAGUAUCUCUUUCCUUUAGUCGUCAUUUCCUUCUGCUACAGUCGCAUUGCUUGGCAUAUAUGGGGCUCUCAUCGGCCUGGUACUAACCUAAACACGAAAGAUGCACGUGGCCGCAACAGAAGAAAGGUAGUGAAGAUGAUGAUCAUCGUCGUGAGCCUCUUCGUUCUUUGCUGGCUUCCGCUCCAGACAUACAAUCUCCUUUCUGUCGUCAGUGAGCGCAUAAAUCAUUAUAAAUACAUCAACAUCAUCUGGUUUUGCAGCAACUGGCUUGCAAUGAGUAAUUCUUGCUACAACCCUUUUAUCUACGGUAUAUUAAAUGCCAAGUUUCAGCGCGAGUUUCGUAGUCUUUUCGGUGUUUUCCCAUGUAAGUGUCUAUCCAAGACAUCGAAAGACCUGACGUCCGACUUCAUGUCUAACGAUACUCAACAACAUCAACUGAUGCGCCGUGCCAGCCACUACCGUCAGGGAGCUCUGCGGCACAACUUUAACAAGAAAGAAAGAGACAUCAUUUUUGGAACAUUGCAUGUUACAGAAACUUUAGAAGUUUAAUUUAAAUAUUUUCAAUGUCGUUUGAACAUACUCGUCAGUUUUGAAUGGAUACUAUUAUUACAUAAUGGCUACUAUUCGCUAAAGGCUGGGUUGCAUGACCAUUCUCUAAAUCAAUGGUUCUUAAAGUGUGGUCCGCGGACCACUAGUGG